UAAACUAUAAAUUGUGGUUGCCUCUGAUGUAAUGUAUGGUCGCCUCGUGCCGAGCCUUGGAUUCUUCUUGGCUUGCGUUUUGGUAUUUAAAAUGGGCAAUAAGGCCGCGGAUUCGGUGCGCUAGGUCUCCAAGUGGAGGCAACUUAUCGUGCGUGGCGCAUUCAGAGCCAAUCACUUUGACGCCCUCCACCUGUCGUGCCGUAUCCUGUCUUCGCUUCGUCACUAUUUUCUUCUCUGCAAAUCUUCCUCCAAACCUUCUAUUUGCAAGGCCAAGGCGAAAAUUCACUUCACUCCGCAUCGACCGUCUCAUUUCUUUGUCAACCGAGACAAACACAAAAAAAUCAGACAGAGGUAUCCAUUCUAGUAGCUACCAGGUAGUAACUGAGAAAAUAUAUCCACGAUGAGUUCCAAGGAUGCUCCCCCCUCUACUUUGAAACUGGCGGUUUUGGUUGGCGCUUGGUAUGCCGGUAAUACCUUCUACAACAUCUACAACAAAAAAGCUACCAACAUGAUCCAUGCCCAUUGGUUUGUGGCCACUGCCCAGUUGGUUGUUGGUAUUGUCUGGAGUCUUUUGAUGUGGGGAACUGGCCUGCGAAAAACACCCAAUCUGACUGCCAGUGAUAUUGCAAACUGCAUUCCCAUUGGUCUUUGUGCUUGCUUGGCUCAUGGAGGAUCUGUGUUGGCAUCUGCCGUUGGAGCUGUCUCCUUUGCACAAAUCGUCAAGGCCUGUGAACCUGCUUUUGCUGCAGUUGUGGGACUUUUGCUCCCACCUGUGGAUGUGAAGCCCAUGCUUGCCUAUGCCAUGCUUAUUCCAAUUGUUGGUGGUGUUGGAUUGGCUUGUGUUAAGGAAGGAAAGGGAGUGGAUAUUAAUGUUGAAGCUUUCUUGUAUGCUUCCAUGGCCAAUAUUGCUGCUGCUUUGAAGGGAAAAUUGGGAAGCUCUGUCACAAAGAGUCUCAAGGCCGAUGCUACAAAGAACAUGGAUGCUGCCAAUGUUUAUGCCGUGAUGAACAUUAUUUCAUUUGCAUGCUCUGUUCCUCUUGUGGUAAUUAAUGAGAUGUCCACUUUGCCAAAGGUCUGGGAAGAGGCUGCCGCAGAACAUGGAGCUGAUGCCAUUAUCAAGAAUAUUGUUUUGUCAGGAAUCUGCUUCUACUUUUACAAUGAGUUUGCUUUUGCCUUUACAGCCAGUGUUGGAGCAGUUACUUCUUCUGUUUUGAACACAGCCAAGCGUGUUAUCAUCAUUGUUGUCUCUGCUGUGGUCUUCCAAGAAGCCAUGGAGCGCAACACUGUCAUUGGCUCUGCCAUUGCCAUCUGUGGAACUUUUGCCUACUCAUUGGCAUCCAAGAAGGCGCCAGCAGCAGCUGCACCCAAAAAGAAGGCUGAGUAAAUCGCAGGGUGGGCUCUUGAUCAUUGUGCCAGUGGCCUCUUCAUGAUUAUUAUCAAACCAGUAGUCUAGCGGAGCAGCCUUUUGAAACAGUGCUGAUCACGCAACAACCCAUGGGGCAAAAAAACACUGGCCAAUCUGUUCUAUUUGGCGGCAAUUGUGAGCUAUACAACAAAACCAUCGUAUUGCCGAAGAAUCUAAAAUCCAUACUGUAAAUGUUUUCAAUUGCAUGCAUGCAUUACUAAAAGAAAGAACUACGCAUUCCUUCCAUCCUCUGAGC